AUGAACAGCGUUAAAACUCAUCGAUCAAGGAGUGAUCAAGUUCUACGGUCGUACCGCUACAAGUGCGAUCCCCGAGCCCCUGGUUUGGACCUUCGUUAUGCUGUCGAUGGACAGCGCGAGGUGACAAUUCACAAACCACUUUCGACGGCAAGCACAGGGUCUAAAUUCCAGCUUCAAAACAAAGUUAUCGAGAUUUACGCCAAAGGUUCGGCAGGCAGUGCUUUUGAUACAGAGCAAAAGAUUGUCGGUAGUGUGGCCGGCGAAGUGUAG